AUGGCUGGGUGCUGGCUCCUGCCCUUCUGCUGCCUCGCGGCGUCUCUCCUGUCCGCAGCCCGGAGCACCAACAGAGGAGAAGUCUGCGACUGCAACGGGAUGUCCAGGCAGUGCAUCUUCGACCGGCACCUCCUGAGGGAGACGGGGAAGGGGUACCGCUGCCUCGGCUGCCUGGGCAACACGGAGGGCGCCCGCUGCGAGCGCUGCAAGGAGGGCUUCUUCCGCCCGCGGGAGGAGGGCUGCUGCCUGCCCUGCCGCUGCCACCCCCAGGGCGCCCUCGGCCCGCGGUGCAACAGCGACGGCCGGUGCAGCUGCAAGCCUGGCGUGAUGGGCAAGAAGUGCGACCAGUGCCAGCCGGGCUUCGAGUCCCUCUCCGAGGCUGGGUGCCGGAGGAGCGGGCAGAGCCUGCAGUGUGAGUGCGACCCGGCUGGCAGCGCGGGGGGCUGCCUCUCCGGCCGCUGUGUCUGCAAGGCGAGCGUUACUGGAGAGCGGUGCGAGAGGUGCAAGCGAAACUUCUAUAACCUGGAUGCCAGAAACCCCGCGGGAUGCUCCCCCUGCUUUUGCUACGGGCACUCAGCUGCAUGUGUCAGCGCAGACAACCACAGCGUCUACAACAUCACCUCCACCUUCCAGCAAGGUGCUGAAGGCUGGCGAGGUGUCCACGAAAGCGGCUCCCCAGCCCAGCUCCAGUGGUCCCCGCGCCAUCAGGAUGCCUUCAUAGCGGCGAGGAGAUCGGAGCCGAUAUACUUCAUGGCGCCAGCGAAAUUCCUCGGGAACCAGCAGCUGAGCUACGGCCAGACGCUCUCCUUCGAUUACCGCCUGGACCGAGGGGGACGCCAGCCAUCUCCGCACGACGUGGUCCUGGAAGGAGAUGGCCUGAGAGUCACUGCCCCCUUCUUGCCCCAGGGGAAGGUCCUGCCCUGCGGUAUCAGCCAGACGUACACGUUCAGGUUGGACGAGCACCCAAGCAGCAAGUGGAGCCCGAGGCUGAAUCACUUUGAAUAUCGCAGGCUGCUGGGAAACCUGACAGCUCUCUGGAUCCGAGCCACCUUUGGGGAGUACAGCACCAGCUACAUCGACAACGUCACCCUGGUGUCGGCGCAGCCCGUCGCCGGAGACCCCGCUCCCUGGGUGGAGCGCUGCGAGUGCCCGGCGGGGUACCGGGGGCAGUUCUGCGAGAGGUGUGCCCCUGGCUACCGCAGAGAUGCCACCGGCCUGGGGCCGUUCAGCAUCUGCGUGCCGUGCAACUGCCAGGGGGGAGGAAUUUGUGAUCCCGACACCGGUGAAUGCUACUCGGGAGACGAAAAUGUGGGCAAUAGUGUCAGCUGCCCCUUCGGCUUCUACCGAGACCCCCGGCAGCCACACGGCUGCAGGGCAUGCCCCUGCGGCAAGGGCCAAGGCUGCUCCGUGGUGCCGGGCGGUGAGGAGAUCAUUUGUGACCACUGCCCUCCUGGAGCUGCCGGGGCCAACUGUGAGUACUGUGCCGAUGGCUAUUUUGGAGACCCAGUGGCUUCCCGGCCCUGCCAGCCGUGCCAGUGCAACGGCAACGUGGAGCCCAAUGCCGUGGGGAACUGCGACCGCCGGACGGGCGAGUGCCUCAAGUGCAUCUACAACACCGCUGGCUUCUACUGUGACCGCUGCAAAGACGGCUUCUUUGGGAACCCCCUGGCCCCUGAUCCUGCCGACAAGUGCAGAGCCUGCGCCUGCGAUUCAGCCGGUGCCGAGCCCUUGAAGUGCGGGAGUGAUGGGAGCUGCAUCUGCAAGCCCGGCUUUGAGGGUCCCAGCUGCGAAGAGAGCGAGUGCCCGGCUUGCUAUGGCCAGGUGAAAGCCCAGGUGGACCUGUACCUGCAGCAGCUGGCGGAGCUGGAGCUGCUGUUCUCGGAGGUGCAAGCUGGCGGUGGGGCCGAGAGCCAGGAGCUGGAAGGAAGGAUGCAGCUGGCCGAGGAGACACUGCGGACCAUCCUCGGGGAAGCUCUGAGCCUGCAAGCCUCUGACAGGUCUCUGGAAAACCGUGUGGCCAGGAUGAAGGGACAAGGGUCCAGCUCCCAGAGCCGCUUGGAUGAGAUCAAGGCAACGGUGGAGAGGCUGAGGUCUCUCGGGAGCCAGUACGAGAGGCAGGUGCAGGACGCCCGGCGGCUGCUGGAGAGAGCUAGGCUGGACCUGGACCGCAGUGGAGCCGCUCUGCGUCGGGUGACCAUUCCUAAUUCAAACCUUCCUGGGGGCUCGAACCAGUUCUUGAUGCUGGCCCAGGAGGCUCUAAGACUGGCCAACAGCCACGCGCAAGCCGCCAACACCAUUGAGCAAGCCACGAAGGCGGCGCGGGAGGACGCGCGGCAGGCGCUGGAGCUGGUGCGCGCAGCCGCCGGCGGAGAGGCGGCCGCCUCCGGCUCCCUGCGAGGGCUGCUCGGGAAGUACAAGGAGCUGAAGUCGCUGGCUGGAGGCCUGAAGGCUGAGGCCGACGGCAUGGCCUCCGAGGCAGACAAGGCUUAUCAGGGCAGCCUGGUGCUCCUCAACUCCCUGUCCCGCUUGACGAAGACCGACAUCGGCUCCUUUGAGGGGGAAUCAACCCGGCUGAAGCAGGAUGCCAGCGCUCUCCUGAGCCUGGUGGACACCUACAUGGCACAGUACAGGCAACUGCAGAGCCGCACGGGGCGCUGGGAGGAAGAAAUCAAGCAGCUGCUGCGGAGGGGAGAGGGCGAGAGAGCGACGCUGACGCAGCUGCUGUCCCGAGCCAACCUCGCCAGGAGCACAGCCCUACAAGCCGUGAGUGCUGGCAACACCACCUUCUACGAGGUGGAACAGAUCCUGAAGAGCCUCCGGGAGUUUAACCUGCAAGCAGACGACAAGAGAAGGGAAGCUGAAGACGCCAUGAAGAGGCUGCCAAUCAUCAGCAGCAUGGUCGCAAGUGCCAGGGAGAAGACAGACCGAGCUGAAGCGAUCCUGGGCAGCGCUGCUUCCGAAUCCAAGGCGGCCAGCAGCACGGCAGGGGAAGCGAAGGAGAUCACCAUGGGGAUCCAGCAGGAGAUCACACGGCUGAAGGUGGAAGCCAACAAGACGGCCGACGGCGUCCUCGCCCUAGAGAAGGCAGUGGCCACCCUGCAGCGUGAGGCCAAGGAAGUGGAUGGCGAAUUUGAGAGGAAGCUCUCGGAGGUUGAGGCGGAUGCUGCUGUGAUACAGGAGACAGCUCAGGAAGCUCAGAGGGUCCACGCCAAGGCUGGCCGGGCAGGGGUGGUCGUGCAGGAGACCUUGAGUGCCCUGGAAGAGCUGCUGCGUCUGAUGAACCAGCCUGGUGCUGUGGAUGAAGACGGCCUGAAGCAGCUCGAGAUGAAUUUUAGCAAAGCCAAAACCAGAAGCAACCAGCUGAAGGAUGAGAUGUCGGAGCUGGAGCAGACGGCCGCGCUGCAGAAGGCCCGGGUGCAGACACUGGAGAGCAGCAUUGAUGAGAUCCUGGCGGAUAUUAAGAACCUGGAGGAUAUCCAGAGGAAUCUUCCUCCAGGCUGCUACAACACAAAAGCCAUUGAAUUGCCGUGA